UACCAUUCCUGGAAAUGAUGUAGUGAAAAGCAUUCGUGCCACCGAGUACAGCAACUACUUUUUACUUGACGUUUUCGUAUAGAUUUUGAUUUCGUGGUUUUCCUAAAACCACGACAUUCUCAGGGGUUGUCUCUUCUCUAAACGAGACGAUUUUUCGUCUCACUGCUUUUGGUUUUCCGGAUAAGUGUAAUUUUGAAACCCGUAAUACCUGUAUGCUGUAACGAAGUCAGCAGGACUCUCACUUGCAAAUCUAAAUCUACUUCUUCUACAACAAUCGCAAUAUAAAUUUCCAGUAAAAAUGGGUUGUGGUUCUUCGGGAUUGAUGGGCGCCAGUGCGCCGUACCUGAAAAAGUAUUUUGAGACGCUGGAAAAGGAGGCGGGGGAACUGGGCGCGGACCCCAUGGCGCUGAUGGUUGAGAUGUUGGAAGACCCCGAGGCGUUUCAGGAGAAAAUGCUGAAGCGGCAGGAGGAACUGAACAAAAAGUUGGAAGUUUUGAUCCACCAGAGCUUCGACAACCACGACAAAGACAAGAGCGGAAAACUUUCCGCCGGCGAGUCGGCCGUGUUCUUUAGCAACUACGCCAAGUGCUUGUCGGCCUCCAACAAGGGGAUGAUGAAUAUGCUGAUGAAAACCGCCAUGGAGGCGAUGGGCCAGGCGCUGAAGCAAGCCGGCUUGCCCUCCGAGAUGCUGGCCGCCAUGCGGAACGAGCAGCAGGCCGAGAUGAAGCAAAUGAUGAAACAGAUCAACGACAUCAUCGACGAGAUGCUGAAGGGCUACCAGGAAAACAAGGCGGAAAGGGACGCGAAAGCCUUCGAACUGCUGGACACAAAGAAGGACGGGCAGCUGGUACUCUAAUAACUCUAUUGAGGUGUAAGUAGAAAGAAGUUCUUUCUUGAAGAUCGAGUGAUCAUUUAGAUUUUUUUUUAUUGAGGAUGAGGAAAUGAGGGAAACAAAGAGCAAACCACAAGUAUGAAGAGCACACCAUUGUAAACAAGAGAUGUUGAUCGAAAAAGAAAAAAAGACGGUGUUGAUGAUGAGUGAUAAAACGACGUCGAGUGAUAUGAAGAUACUUGAAAAUAACACAAUGUCUACAGGAAAGAGACGAAGUGGUGGCUGCCCUGAUGCCGAAUACGGAACAAAACCAGGCCUUUAUGUACGCGUUGGGGUUCGAUCCCAGGAAAAUCGAGCGCAUUGCGCAGAAGGUGCAGGGAGGCAGAUUUUGAUGCACCCCCGCCGGGUUCCUUCGGUUGUUGAUGCAGAUUCGAUCGUGACCCGAUACUUAUCAUUUGAUGUGAACAACAGGAAUAGUUUCUGUUUGAAUAACUUCAACUACAUUUGGCUUUUUUGUUUUUCCCUGGCGUUGUGAUAGGUCGCAACAUGAUAUGAUCACGAUAAACAUUAACAUUGACAUUCCUUCUAUGCCAAAAUGCAACUGCUGCUAUUCUGAUUGUGUGCUUACAUGAACUCAAGACUUGCGGAACAUGCCAGUGAAAUAGAAAGCAACGCACAGACACGGCAGCAUAGUUAUAGCACUCGCACACAGUAUAAUUCCUGCUGACGUUUCGGUUUCCUAUGCUGUGAUUUUUACACCAGGGCGACGGCGAGCCUUUUUUUUUUGUUGAAAAGCG